AUUCGACUUAUCGCUCGGUCCCACUUAUCGCGUAAGUGCUGGGGUAUUACAUUACAUACUGUAUUCUAAAAAAAUCACACAAACAAAAUAUCACUGUUACAAAAAAAAACAAACGAAGCUCCCACCCCCACCUCGGCCACCUCUAGACUGGUGGAUUCUUUCUUGAAUUCUUUUAUUUAAUAUUUAAGUUAGGUUAGUUCGAAUCAUAAACAAAGGCGAUUACGGUUACUGCGAUUACUAAUGAUUGUUUAUUUUUAUUAUCCACAUUCCCCUGUGGUUUUAGCAUUUAGUCUAGCAGUCUAGCCGGUUAGUUUAGUUGUAAUCGAAGAAAAAUUAAAAAUUAGACUAUAAAUCUGAUGUGUGUACGUAAUUUUCGUUUAUAUCCUGUUCCAAUAGUUUAUCAGUAGAUGGACGGUAUUUGCAUUAUUUUACUGUUGUUAUCGUGCCUCGACAAUCCAUCAUUUUUGUUAGACAAGCAAAUUGCAAAUUUUAAAAAAUGGGAAAUUGCUGUUGUAGCGAUACUGAAAAUGAUGAUAUUGAAAACACAUACGAUGGGCCAAUAGGAUCCACGCGCAGUUCUUCACUGUCUUCGAAUGUAAUUACUACGACUCCAGCUUUGAAUCUCUUUAAUGAUAGAACACCAAUUCUUUCUAAAUCUGCUUCAGAUAGAGCAUCAAUUCGCGAUAAACCUUCCACAGACUGUGCAUCAAGUCGUCUUAAAGCUGUUACGGAUAAUACUACCAGAACCCCUGGUUAUGGUGCUACAAGCUCUAAAACUAAUCGGGAAAGAUCAAUGACUAGAAGAGAUAACAACAAAACACUGCCGUAUUCUGAUAUAUAUCCAACGCGAUCCACGCGCAGUUCUUCACCGUCUCUGAGUGUUAAUACUACUCUUCCAAUUUUGAAUCUAUCUAACGAUAUAGUACCAAUUCUUUCUAAAACUGCUUCAGAUAGAGCAUCAAUCUGCGCUAAACCUUCUACAGACCGUGCAUCAAUUCGUCCUAAAGAUGUUACGGAUAAUACUACCAGAACCCCUGGUUAUGAUGCUACAAGCUCUAAAGCUAAUCGAGAAAGAUCAAGGACUAGAAGAGAUAAUAACAAAACACUGCCGUAUUCUGAUAUAUAUCCAACACAAUCCACGCGCAGUUCUUCACCGUCUUCGAGUGUAAAUACUAUUCCAAUUUUGAAUCUAUCUAAUGAUAUAGCACUUUCUAAAACUGAUUCAGAUAGAGCAUCAAUCUGCGCUAAACCUUCUACAGACCGUGCAUCAAUUCGUCCUAAAGAUGUUAAGGAUAAUACUACCAGAACUCCUGGUUAUGGUGCUACAAGCUCUAAAACUAAUCGGGAAAGAUCAAGGACUAGAAGAGAUAACAACAAAACACUGCCGUAUUCUGAUAUAUAUCCAACGCGAUGCACGCGCAGUUCUUCACCGUCUUUGAGUAUAAAUACUACUCUUCCAAUUUUGAAUCUAUCUAAUGAUAUAGCACCAAUUCUUUCUAAAACUGCUUCAGAUAGAGCAUCAAUCUGCGCUAAACCUGCGCUAAAAGAUGCUACGGAUAAUACUACCAGAACCCCUGGUUAUGGUGCUAAAAGCUCUGAAACUAACCGGGAAAGAUCAAGGAGUAGACGAGAUAACAACAAAACACCGGCGCGAUCUAGAGGACAUUCAAGUUCAUCCAGAACUAACCGGAAACGAUCUAAAACUAACCGCGAAAGAUCAAGGACUAGACGAGACAAAACACCGGCGCCAUCUAGAGGGCAUUCAAGUUCAUCCAGCACGAACCGAGAACGAUCUAAAACUAACCGGGAAAGAUCAAGGCCUAGACGAGAUAACAACAAAACACUGCCGUAUUCUGGUAUAUAUCCAACACGAUCCACGCGCAGUUCUUCACCGUCUUCGAAUGUAAUUACAACGCCAACUUUGAAUCUUUCUAAUGCUAGAGCACCAAUUCGUUCUACAUCUGCUUCAGAUAUAACCACAAUCCUCGGUAAAGCUUCCACAACCCCUGGUUAUGGUGCCACAAACUCUCAAACUAACUGGGAGAGAUCACUGAGUAGACGAGAUAACAACAAAACACCGGCGUCACCUACAGGACAUUCAAGUUCAUCCAGAACGAUGAAUCAACAUUCUAGUUUACAUACGAACAGAACAACCCGUGUACCAGUACCAGAAGAUCCAGUAAUCUUAACACAACUAUUAAGUAUUUUAUAUAAUUUUAACAUAAAUUUGACUGAUUAUGUAUUUCAAUUAGAAAGUCUGAGAGAAGAAUCCUGGGAAUAUCAACGUAUCAAGAGCAUAUUUUUUCAAUCUAACAGAGCGUUUUUUAAAUUACAUAGCAUCGACAAAGUACACAAUCCUUAUCUUCUAGUACAAUAUGGACUUAAAAAAUAUGAAUACAUACGUAAAGGAAUCGGUUACAGAGAAACAUUACUGUUCCACGGAACCAAGAGAGAACAUAUUGGCGAUAUUUGCCGAAAUAAUUUUAACUGGAGGUUACAAGGUACUAAUUCUGGAUCCAGAUACGGACAAGGCGUAAAUUUCGCGUCAGUUGCUUAUUUUGCAGCACUUUUCUGUGACGAAGGAUAUAACAAAGUGAUGAUAAUAGCUAAUGUUCUAAUUCGUAACAGCUGUAGGGGAAACAGUGACAUGGCGAUACCACCGUGUAAUUUUGAUUCCAGCACAAACGACCAGCACAACAUAUACGUUAAAUACGACGAUAAUACUUUCUACCCAGCUUAUAUUAUCCAUUUUGGUGGAAUAAUCCACAAGAAAAAGGAUCAACCAAGUGUCUCCGAAUGAGUUCAACGUUUUUUUUUUAAAUGUUUCAGUAUUAAAAAUGGCUGUAUGUAAGAAUUUAAUAAACGUUUUUAAUUUAC